UGGAGAAAUCGGUUCGCUUUGUUUGGUUCGCUGUGCAGGUUUCUUCCCUUCCCCUUCCUCUUUCAACCCGUCCUCGUCGCUUUCCAAGGCCCACCUUCCUUGUCACCGCUCCACGCUCCCUCGCCCAUCAUGUUCGCCUUGGCUAGUUCCACCGUCCUCGCUCUCGCCCUGCUUUCUUCCGCCCACUCAAUGGAUCACAUGCGCCAUGCUCGCGCCGCCAUGUCUCGUAGGGCGACUCCUCCUCCCGGUUGGGCAUUCGGCUACCUGGAGGACUACAACACCUAUCACGACCGAUACAUGGCCAUUGGAUGCGAGAACAAGCACAGCUCGCCGUUCUUUGACUUCUGCUGCCACCCUAUGCUUUCGACCGAAACUGUCGAGAAGAAUCGCAACGCUUGCUGUGCAGUCAAUGCCACAGUCGCCUGCCCUGGUACUUCACCCUCCACGUCUGCUGUCACUGUAGUCCCGACGUCUACUGCUGCUGUAGCGAAGUCGUCUACUGCCGCCGUAGCGAAAUCGUCUACUGCCGCCGUAGCGAAAUCGUCUACUGCCGCCGUAGCGAAGGCGUCUACUGCUGCUCUGGCGACCUCAUCUGCUGCUUCUUCGGCAGGCGACGACGGCGAGGACUGUGACGACGGCGGCGACGAUUCUGGCAGCGCUGAAGAUGGAAACGACGGCGAUCUCGAGGAUUGUGAUGACGGAAGUGGAUCCGAUGCUUCGUCGUCCACGCACGAAGUGUCAUCCAUCCCCUCCCCUCAGGCGACCUCGUCUACGACCCACGCUACCACGACCCACACCUCCUCCAAAGAUACGACCACAUCCACGCAUACCACCACUCAGGCCACGCAACCCGUCCAAGCCGUUGCCCCAGAUCCAUCAACCACUUCGACGAAACCCGCAGCUCCAACCACUACACACCAAGUGGCUCCAACCACCACCACCACCAAGUCUACACCCACAACAACACCAACACCGACAACGACAACGACCACUGCCUCCAACCCCACCAGCACCGGCCAGGUCUUCACCGGCGGUCACGGCACAUGGUUUACUCAGAACGGUGUUGCUGGAGGUCAGAUCUUUGUUUCUAACGCUUCAAGCGUGCUGUCGCUCAUUGGCUCCGCAGCAUGUGGUACCGUUCACAAGGACUCGGACCUUAUUGUGGCCCUGGACACCGCUAUGUACAAGAACGGAGACAACUGCGGACGCAAGAUCCAAAUCACCAAUCUUGCCAACGGCCAGACAGUGGAUGCUACCGUUGCCGACGAAUGCCCUACUUGUGAUAACAACACCUCCGUAGACAUGAGCGAGGCAGUAUUCACCAAGCUUGCUGCCCUCUCCGUUGGGCUCAUCAACAACAGUCCUCGUUGGAUCAAAUUCUUGCCUGAAGCAUUCAUGUUGCCGCCUGCCCGUGUUGUGGUAUUCGGCGGGAAUGGAUUUAUUGGCUCUGCUGUGUGUCGCGCAGCACUAGCGCGCGGCCUGGAGGUUACAAGCAUCAGUUCCUCUGGGAGGCCGUUCCAAACAGCCAAGGGACAUACACCGGCAUGGACUUCUCGCGUCUCUUGGCAGAGAGGCGAUGCCCUGGAGCACAAAUCAUAUGCACACCAUUUGGAUGGUGCGUUUGGUGUCGUUCACUCAUUAGGAAUUUUGCUCGAGGAUGCGGGGUACAAGCGUGCCGUCCGCGAAGGGGACCUCCCUACACUUCUGCGGGCGGUUCUCGGUGGACGGAAUCCAUUAGACACCGAGACGCCCACGUAUGAAAAGAUGAAUCGGGAUGCAGCGCUGCGUGUCUUCGAGGCCUUCCAGUCGUCAUCGGCGCCGGUAGGUGGAGGCGCACGCCCAUUUGUGUUCAUCUCAGCGGCGGACGUUUUCCGACCAUGGGUGCCGGCUCGUUAUAUAGAGACGAAACGUGCGGCUGAAGUGGAGAUUGAGGAGCGGUUGGCUGGGCACGAAGCUUCUUUCCGUGGAGUGUAUCUCCGGCCAGGAUUGGUCUAUCAUGCCCACCAGCGGCCAAUAACGACCCCGGCGGCCGCACUGUUGGACCUGACGUCGAGCGCACAUGAGCUUCUCCCUGCCCAGUUGCAAGGGUCCCUCCGUGCCGUACUGGCCCAGCUGCCUCGGGUAUCGAGUUCGACUCCUUCGCCUGUUGUUUCACUUGCGAAUGCGCUGGUGACUAAACCCAUUCAUGUUGACCACGUUGCGACGGCUGCAGUCAAGGCUUGUCUCGAUGGCGACAUACGGGGCGUGAUGGAGGUGGACAGAAUGCGAGAUCUGGUUGGUUGGAAUACUGCGAAGACUGUAGACACGUUAGAUCCACAUGUCCCGGGCGCAGGCAAGGGCACGUUGUCGUCGCGACUUGUUAAAAAAUACACUGGCAUCACCACGAUUUCCACGGGAGACCUGCUUAGGCAGCACAUUGCAGAACGGACUGAUAUCGGGCGCGAGGCAGAGGAGAUCGUCGCGCAGGGCAAGCUUUUGCCAGAUGAAGUCAUGCUCAAGGUCGUGACGUCGCAGUUGGAUGGCCUUCGGAACAAGCACUGGAUUUUGGAUGGGUUCCCUCGCACAUUGGGACAGGGCGAAUUGUUGGACGCGCAUCUCGGAAAACAAGGCAUGCCUCUGACCCUUGUCGUUAACUUGGAUGUCCCGGACGAAGUUAUCCUCAGUCGCAUAUCAGAUCGCUGGGUGCACCUACCUUCGGGUCGCGUGUAUAAUGUGUCCUAUAAUCCUCCCAAAGUUGAUGGUUUCGACGACGUCACUGGAGAACCACUUAUGAAACGACCGGACGACAAUCCAGAAACCUUUGCACGCCGUCUACAGCAAUUCUACGCGUCGACUUCUCCACUGCUUGCAUAUUAUGCCAAAUCCGCUAAUAGAAGACAUCGUCUUCCCGGAACCACACGAAAGCAGCAUCCACAUCAACUGGUUUUCCCUCACUCUCACACUCUCUUGCUCCGCACCCUGUCCGGCAGUACGUCGGAUGAGAUUUGGCCCCAGCUCGACGCGUUGGUUCGAACGGAAUUCCCGUCUUUGAAGGAAGCAGGUCCCACGUUGGACGUUCGACGGCGACAUAGUCUAAGUGAAGCAGUGUUGGCAUCCUCAGAUCCUCGAACAACAUUUUGAUCGCACGAGUAGUUACUCAGAUGUUCCGUGUCUAGAUUAGCUUUGACAAACAGCUUUGGCAAAGUCUGAAAAAA